AUGAAGGACUAGUUCAAGGGUUUAGAUUGGUUUGGAUAGUCUAUUUAGCUUACUUAUAAAGGAGAAGAUUCUUAUAAAACAUUACUUGGAGCUUCAGUUUCAUUCUUCCUAAUUGUAGUUCUGCUUGGGUUUAGCAUUUUCAAAGCUUAUUAUUUGUUCAGCAGAUUUAAUCCAGAGGUAUCGAAAGUAUCUCUACUAAGGGAUAUGUCAGAUGGUGAAAUAUUCUAACCAUAAGAUUCUGGAUUUGAUUUUGCAUUCGGUUUGAACUCAGAGCUAGACCCGAGAAUAGGCUACUUCACUGUUAGAUAGCUAGGUUUGUACGAAACAGAGGAGAAAGAUUCUAGUGGAAAAAAUAUCAAACGUAAGACCAAAGAUGACAUUCCAUUCACCAAAUGCGGAGAAAGCAACUUUGAUUUUCCAGACGAGGCUGAAAUAAUUUCUAAGGGAAUUUCAAAUUAUAACUGCAUUACAACAAGCAAUUAUCAGUUCCAAGGAAAUUUUUAUCAAGAUAAGUUUGAAUAUCUUGAGAUCAAACUCUGGAAAUGUAUCGAUCCAGUUAAUGCCACUACUGCAUAGAAAAAAUGUCUUGAUAGAGCUACUAUUGAUAAAUUCUUCGACACUGAGACCUUUAAUUUUGCAUUUGUGAAUACUUUUUUCGACUUGACAGAGUUUGAAAAGGGGAAGCAGAUUAAGCCAUUUAUUGAUGAUUCACUCUUCUUUGAAUUAGAGUCUAAUCGAAUAAAGAAGACCAACUUCUAUAUUUAACUAUAGGAGGCGGAAUUAGAAGAUGAUUUGAUUUAGUUUGGGUAAACUCAAGAGAUAGAAUUUCAUUAAGUAAGUAAUUAACGUUACUAUGAUGAUCAAUAUUCAGACACUGAUGGGUACAUAGCAGCAAUUUAUAUGAGAUUUGAUAAUAGAUAUGAUAUUUAUGCAAGGAAAGUUUACUCUAUUCUUGAAUUGCUUGGAGAUAUAGGUGGUCUCUAAGGAUCUCUAUUGGCUAUUGGUUUUAUUUUCGUUGGAUUCAUCUCAUCAAGAAUGUUUAUGAGCGAUAUUAUGCGUAAGAUCUAUUAAGUACGUAAAUAUGUUCUGGAGCCAGAAGGGAAGAAAUUGCAAAAGUAGGAAAGCAAUAAAAAUAUUACAAAAACAACAAACAAUGAUUUGAAAACAAUUCAACCUCUCUCCCCUAGGAAUGUCAAUAAAACUUAUUAGGAAGAUUAUACUAGCUUUGCUUAUUCAAUUAAUAAUAUAAACAAUAAUGUAACUCCACCAAGUCACUCAAGGAAUGUUUCAUACAUAGAUAAAGAUGGGAUUAUGGCCACAAAUAGACCUUUCAAAAAUGACACUGAGAAAGAUUAACAGGCAGUAGAUAAUUUAUCGAUAACUGUUAAAAUUGAAGAUAGCUCCUAAUAAUAAGAAAUUAUAAAUUAGAAUAGCAGUAUCUCUGCUAUAUACUAAGAUGAGCUUGAUAUAAAGAACCAAGAAGAGCAGAGUGCAGUAGCAUUCAGAAAAAAGAAAAAAGUUUAUGACGAUGAUGUAAACAGCUUGCUGGUCUCGUUUAUUUCAAGAAUGAGAUUUAAUUACAACUUGAAAGCUAUUUUUCAAUACAUAACUUAGUGCCUAUGUAUUAGAGAUCUUAGUCGCAGAAGAAAUAAAAGAUACUAUAAGAGGCAUUAUCUUUAUAAAAAGGGUGAGGAAAAACUUGGCUAGGAAUUGGAUGUAAUUUAACUUCUUAAGACUUAGAGAAAGUUUAGAAUGCUAUCAUAAGCUAUGCUCUCUUAGAAGCAUAGAAUGCUGCUUAGAUUCCAAAGAUAAAAUCUGCUUGAAACAGCAUCAGAAUCAUCAGAUUCAGAUGACAAUAACUUAGACACAUUGCAUCUAAUGGAGAAUAAAAAUCCAUUAAUCAGACUAGUAAUAUACGGCAAGCUUAAAAAGAUGAUGAAAGCAUUUGAAGGCAAGAAGCUUAAAAUGAUUGAGCGAAACCUAAUGAGAGGUGUUUUUUAAAGAAAACUUAAGGAUUUCUAAGAGGAGCAGCAAGAUUAAAAUGAGAACAAGACUCUUCUGUAAAGGCUUCAUGGUCAAUUGAUAGAAAGUAAAAGCAAAAUGGAAAAUAUCAAGAUUUUUGAGUAAGAUCAUAUGAAAAAUCAAAACUACAUUGAUUCCUCAAAAUCUAGUGACUCUAAAAGUAUUGAAGAAGACUUAGAAGAAAUGAGGAAAAAAGGGAUAUUAUUUUCUGAGGAUUUCGAUAACUAGGUCUUAGAAAAUGAGACCCACAAAGAUGACUUUAGAAGUUAGCCCUAAAAAUCUUAACUCAAAUAAUUCUAGUUUAGUCCAAAACUAAAAGAUAAAGGUAACUGA